AUGCAGGGAAAAAUGGAGCAAUGUUACGCCAUCAAAUUUUGUGUUAAACCUAAGAAAAUCAAACAAGAAGCUUAUGGAAUGUUAAAGGAGGCCUAUGGAGAUGAACAGAUGAGCCAAGCAAGUUUCUAUCAUUGGUUUAACAGAUUUUCUGAUGGAAAUGAACAGGUUGAGGAUGAACCCAGAUCUGGAGCACCGAAAAGUGCACGCAAGGGGGUAAACAUUGAGGAAGUGCAAAGGUUAGUGAUGCAAGACUGUCAAAUAUCUGUGAGGAUGCUAUCUGAAGCUCUUGGUAUUAGUAUUGGCACAGUAGAGACAGUUCUGACCGAAGAUCUGAAGCUCCACAAAGUCUGUGCUAAGUUCAUGCCAAAGAUCCUCUCCGACGACCAGAGGCAGUUUUGUGUAGAAAGUUGCACUGACAUUCUCGAAAUGACAGAGGCUGAUUCAGGUUUCUUGAAUAAAGUAGUGACUGGCGAUGAGAGUUGGGUGUUCACAUACUCGUACGACCCUGAGAGCAAACGUCAAGAGUGCUCAGUGGAAGUACGCGACCUCCCCCAGACCCAAAAAGGCAAAGAUGAGCAGGUUGCAAGAGAAGGCCAUGGUUAUUCGUUUCUUUGA